AUGUUCCGCUUCCUAUACAAGUACAGCUGCAUGAGCCAGGAAGAGAGAGGCUACGAUCCAACCUUCGUCGAGGCUACACCCGCGGAUGUCGACGCGAUGAAGGCUUGGAAGGCUGAGGUCAUGAAAGACAAGACAGCCAGACUAUCAGACUAUCAGUCGCAAUGUUUUGACCGCGAGCUGGCUGGGAGCUGGCCAGUCUACCGGGUUACCAUCCCAAAGGAAGACCUCAUCUCGGACAUCUCGCUGACCCCAGGCAACAAACAAGAUCAAGAACGCUCCGCGCCGUCAUCCAGUGGUGAACAUAUAUGUGAUGAUGACCUUGUUCUUCUAGUUGGGAAGCCGAACAAGAAUAGCAGCUCUCCUGUUGGACGGGGAAUGCAAGGAUACGUAGCCUAUGAUGUGCGGAAGCGGCGGCUUGUAUACCUGAAAGACAGCUGGCGACCUGAUUUGGAGGAUGCGCAUCCGGAGCACAAGACGUACAUUCAUUUGUGGCAACACAAUGUCGAGAACAUUGCGAAGCCCUUGAGCGGAGGUGACGUACGCAUUGGAAACAGGAUUCAGCGCACGUUGGCGCAGGACUGUGUCCGGGAGGUGACCAAGGUUAAGCAUCUCGGUCGUGUGCACUAUCGCAUUGUCUUCUCCGAAGUCUAUCGUCCGCUCGAGACGUAUGGACAUUCCCUCGACAUGGUUGAAGUAAUCUGUGAUGCUCUAUAUGCACACAGGGAUGCGUGGGAGAAGGCGGACGUUCUUCAUCGCGACAUCAGUGAUGGUAAUGUCAUGAUUAGGGAUACAUUCGAUAAGAAUGGUCGUCUUCAAAUCGGGGGGAUAUUGAACGACUGGGAUCUAGCAAAGUUCAAAAGCGAGCUGGAGAACCCUCCAAGCCGGAGACAACGUUCGGGAACCUGGCAGUUUAUGUCCGCAUUCAUUUUGAGCUUUCCGGGACAGAAAAAACAUACCGUCUCAGACGAUUUAGAAUCCUUUGUCCACUUGACCAAUUGGCUUGUACUGAAAUGGCAUCUCCACAAGUUUUCCGCAACUAUGGGCUCACUCAAAGAACAUGUCACAAACACCUACGACGCAUUCGCACAAAACGACGACGGUCUCGAUCUCGGCGGUUCGCAGAAGCACGGAUUUUUGAGCACAGGGGAAAUUCCGUUUGCGCCAGUUCGGAAAAGCCCACCUUUGGAACAUCUCACCAAAGCACUCGCCAAAACAUGCCAUGCCCAUUACGAGGCGCACAAAGAAGAAUGGCAGCGUCUUUCGGACAACCAGGGUCGCGAAAAUGCCAAACGCGCGGAUGAUUCGAAACCGAUGGGAAAGCCUGUAAUCGGUCGCUCCGUGAACCCUCGGUAUCUCCAGAAAUCGGCUGGCAGCACGCCAGUGGUCCAUAAUCUCCAGCAAUCUCAGGAGCUAUCCUUAACUGAAUCGUUUGGACCCUUGGAUGACCAUAAUGCCUUGAUCUCAAUCUACUCGGACGUCAUUCUUACUUUCGCCUAUCUCCUUGAAGACGGCAAUGAGCCCGAUAAAUUGCAAGAGAAAGAGGGUCAGCCACGAUCCAAGAAGCCCAAGCGGUCUCCGCAAGAGGCGACCGGCGAGGGGUCUUCCCUUCAAACGAUCGUGGAGGAUCAUGACGAGCUGACAGUGCCAGCGGUCGGCGGAUUCGAACAGGUAUUGCCUGUCGAUGAGCACACGUCUUCCACGCUUCCGCAAUUGGCCGCCGAAAAGGACGGCACCACGAUUCAGUGA